UUAGGCUACUUGUUUUAUGUUCCGUCCCCACUAAGGCACGUGUCGUGGCUCGUGUCGCACAAGGUGAAACCCGCGCGUGUCAACUGGGAAUGCUCCCCUGUGUUGCCUUUUGUUUCCGUAUGCUUGGCAGAAGGCCGUUUCAAGCUGUUUUUGUCCACUGACUCUUCACAUUUCAACUUUUGCGAUCCUGAUUUCCCGUUAAAACUUCUAAACCCUCGGUGGUAGGAACAGGGGGCUCUCGUAGCCGUUAGGUACUUCUCGCGUCAUCUCCACUCCGUCUAAUGAGUCACCAUGCAGAGCCCCCAGGUACCAAUGCCGACAUGCGGGUUCUAUCCUCCCGCUCGCCGGCCUCCAGGGUCAGACCCGCUCGUUCUCCCGCUCCCCUUGCCUCCGCUAGGGCAGCCAAAGCCGACUCCACGGAUGCAUCUGCUGCAGCAUCUUCAGCCAAUGGUACCGCAAUCUCCGUCGAUACAACCGCCGCCGUGUCCGGGCCCUCCGCUUCCGCUCCAUCCGCUUCCGCGCCUUCCGCCUCCGCGCAUUCCGCCUCCGUGGCAGCCCCUAAGGAGCUGCACAUCGGCGGGUACCGCGUGCUGUUCCCCCACACGCCGUACCCCCCGCAGCUGCAGCUCAUGGCCAAGAUGAUCUCCGCGCUCGACGCUUCGCUCUCCCCCUACCCCCGCCCCCACCCGGCAGAGGAGCAAGGGGAGGAGCAGGCAGAGCAUGGCGACGAAUGCGUGGAAGACUGCGCAAAGGAAGGGCAGGGUCAGUCGCAGUGCAAAGGGCAGCAGCAGCAGCCAGGGCAGAAGCAGGGGAAAACGGCCCAGAAUGUGCCGGCAGCUCGCUUCCCUAGAAUCUUCUAUGCCUCGCGCACGCACAGCCAGAUAUCGCAGGUGGUGCGGGAGCUGCGCAAGUGCAGCUACUCGCCCUCCAUGACUGUGCUUGCAUCGCGCAAGCACUACUGCUGCAACAACACUGCUCUCAAGAAACCGUCUGUUGACGAGGCGUGCAAGUCGCUCCUAUCCCCGAGUCUCGCGCAAGGCACUGACGAGUCGCAGCAAGUCGCAGGCACUGGCUGCAUCUUCUUCCGGAACUACUCGGAUCUGAUGCGCCAUGCAUCGCUGCAGCCCGGGGGCCCCCUGGCAGUGCACGAUGUGGAGGACCUCGUGAAGCUUGGCAGGCAGACCAAAGGCUGCCCGUACUUUGCAGCACGGGCAGCACUGGAGGAGGUGGAUGUGGUGAUGUGUCCGUACAACUACGUGCUCUCGCCAGUGGUGCGCCGCAGCAUGGACAUACGCCUGGACGGCAGCAUCCUCAUCUUCGACGAAGCACACAACAUAGAGGACGUGUCAAGAGAAGCAGCGAGCUUUGAGGCCAACGUCACUGAAUUUCAGGAGCUAGCACAAGAGUUGGAGCUGUUAGCUAGGCCGCCAAAUCCGGUUAGGCUACCGCGCAUGCUCAGACAGAUGGCAGCAGCGGCAACGGCAGCAGGGACAGCAGGGGGAGGGGAAGAUGGAGAAGAAGAUUUGGAGGGAGAAGACUCCAUGCCAACUUGCACCGAUGCAUAUACCAGGGUCUAUGCCCCCCUGGCUGAUGCCAUCACCGCCCUUUCUGAGUGGUUGAAUCAGCAGUGUCAGCAGCUGAUAGAGCGGCAAAAGCACAAGGGCGGAAGGAGGGCUGGCUCCAAGACACCCUUCCACAGCAGCAACCCAUCGGACGAUGCUGUAAUUCUUGCAGGCGACCAGAUCCUCACUUCCCUGUCGCUCGCAGGCUUUCCACUCGCACAUUUCCCACUGCUGCUACAGUGCUCCAAUAAGGCCAUGUUUCUGGCACGCAGCGAGAAGGCGGUGGGAUUUCAGGUGUCGGCCAAGGGCGCUGCCCUGCUGGAUGGGCUCUUCGUAGCGCUCUCCUUCAUUCUCAGCGACGGCUGCAGGGCCCUUCCAGACUACCGCAUGCUCGUGCACGCACCCACUGCUGCGUCUCCAUCUGCUGCCAGUGACAGCGGCAGCAGCACCACUCUUAUGGCCAGCAGCAGCAGUGCAGCGGGGCGAGAGGGGCAGCAGCAGCAGGGCCAGUGGCGCUUCUCCCUGUGGUGCCUCAACCCAGCUGUUGCCUUUCGCCCAGUCGCUGCUGCCUGUCGCUCCAUCGUGCUCACGUCCGGCACUCUGUCGCCCACCGACUCCUUUGCCUCGGAACUAGGCAUAGACUUCACAUGCACCAUGGAGGGCAUGCAUGUCGUGGACUCCAACACCCAGGUGUGGGCGGGCGUCAUUCCCAGGGGCCCGUCGGGGCUCAGCCUCAAUGCCAGCUACGCCAACGCAUGCACGCCUGCCUUCCAGGACGAGUUAGCAGAGGCGCUGUUGCCCAUCCUAGCAGCAACACCGGCGGGAGUGCUGCUCUUCCUGCCGUCCUUCUGGCUGCUCGACGCUCUCUGCACGCGCUGGAAGGCCACCGGGGCGUGGCACCGCCUCUCUGCUGUGAAGAAGAUCUUCAUGGAGCCGAGAGGAGGGGAGAAGCUGGAGGGAGUGCUGGCACGAUACAGGCGGGAGGUGCAGCAGAGUGCUUUGAAACCCUGGACGCCGCUUUCAGUGCCACAUGCUGCACCUGCAGCAGCCGCACUACCAGCACAACCAUCAGCAGCAGUAGCAGCAGCAGAUUCUCCAGAGGCAGAAGCAGCAGCAGCAGCAGCAGCGGCAGCAGCAUUGGGUGUGGCAGAUUCUGCAGGGGCAAUAGGAGUGGGGAAGAGAGUGGACGACAGAACAAAGGGGAUGGGGAUGCGGUGGAGGGCGGUUGGGGGAGGAGGGCGAGGAAAGAGCGGAAGCAAUGGUGCCAUGCUGAUGGCAGUGUGCCGUGGGAAGGCAUCAGAAGGCAUUGACUUUGCAGAUGACACUGCGCGCGCUGUGAUGGUCGUCGGCAUCCCCUUUCCCAACAUCAAGUGCCUCCAGGUCACACUGAAGAAGGCGUAUAACAACCAAGCAGCAGCACAGCCACCGCCACCGGCAUCACCACACCUGCUGCAGUAUGGCGAGGGCUCACGGCAACAUCAGCAGCAGCAGCAGCAAUGUGUGCAGCGGCUGAAUGGGGACCAGUGGUACCGGCAAAAUGCAUUCCGCGCACUCAACCAAGCUAUAGGUCGAUGCAUUCGACAUCGAUUCGACUAUGGAGCCAUCAUUCUGCUGGACGAUCGGCUGCUGUCCCCCCACCUGCAGCAGCAGAUGCCUCGCUGGCUGCGCUCUCAGCUGUGCGCCCAUGCCAGCCCCGCUGCUGCGUCUACUGCCCUCUCCUCGUUCUUCACCCAGGCAAAGCGGCUAUAUCCAACCAAGCCGGCCCAGUCCAAGCCUGGCAUCCCAAGUAUAGGUGCCAAGGCGAGGGCGCCUGGUUGCAAGGGCUUGGCAGCAGGGGGGCAAGGAGGAGGUGGACAGGGAGGAAGCGGGGGAAGAGAGGCGGAUGAGAGGGAUGUAAUGCACGUAUCUGGAGUGGAGGGAGAGAAGGGAGAGGAGAGAGAGGGAUUGAAGAAAACGGCGGAAGAGGAGGAGGAGAAGGACGAGGAAGAGGAGGAGGAGGAAAUAGGGGGGCUGGGAAGGGGCUUGGGAGAGAUGGGUGCUGUGUGCGAGAAGUUUCGAGCGCCUAAGAAGAUUAAGGGAGUGCCAGAAGGGAGGGAGGAGGACGAGAAAGACGAGGGAAGGGUGGAUGAGAAAGUGAAGAAGCAAGUGAAGCGAGAUGGGGAAGAGGAGGAGGACGAGGAUGGGGAUGAUAAAGGAGAUAAAAACCAAGAGUGGAAGGGAGCUAAGAGGAUACGUAGGAAGCAGAGGAAUCAGAAUCAGAAGCUGAAGGAGAAGCAGAUGCAGAGGAGGCAGCAGAAGAAAGCAAAGCCUCAAGAGGAGGAAGAGGAGGAGCAGAAGCGGCAGGAGCAGCUGGGAUGCAGCGUGGAAAAAGGGUUGGGAAGAGAGAAGGGAGAGGUUACGGCAUCUGGUGACGCACGUGCAAGUGGUCGGAUGGACAGCAACUGUCAGUGUUGUGAUCAGACGGAGGAGGAGGGUGGUGGUGCCAAAGCGCUUGCUGGUUGCUGUGCUGAUGCUCCUUGUGCUCCUCUUGCUUGUUUCAAGACUACAGCUGUCGCUAGUGGCGGUGGCAGUGGCAGUGGCAGUGGCAUUUGCAGUGGCAGUGGCGGUGGGAGGGGCAUUGGAGUUGCACAGAGUCAGCCGCCUGAUUUUCACGCCUUCAGGUGCGUUCUUCCCAUUCACCCUAAGCCCAACCCGCGAGGCCAGGAACAGUCCAAAUCAGCAGCAGCAACAGCAACACCACCACCUCCACCGCCACCGGUGCCAUCACCAUUGUCAGCAGCAGCAGGAGCACCGUCACCAGCAGCAUUGCCUGCAGCAGCAGCAGCAGCACCACCACCACCACCACCGCCAGCUCUAGCACCAUCGCCAUCACCAGCGGCAGCACGCGGCGCACGCAGCUACUUCCUUCCCCGUGCCUUACCGCCCCUCCCCCAUCCUCCAGUGCACCAUCAACAGGCAACACAACAACAAAAACAACAACCAGCCCUCCACACACUCCCUCCCCUCCCUCCCCAGCCUUUUCUCUCACACUCUCUACCACUUCAACCCACACCUCCCGCCUCCCAUGUCUCAUCACCCCCUCCCCACCCUUCGUCCCACUAUUCGCCACACAACAUCUAUCACACACCUACAACCCUCCUUCCCGCAGCCUCCUCCCUUCCCCCACAUCCUUCCCUUCCUCUCCCCUCUCACCCCACCCAGCCACACUCCUUAUCUCCCUCUCCCCAACCUUCCAGCUCCUGCUCCUCCCACCCAUCCCAGCCCUCCUCCCGCCCAUCCCAGCCCUCCUCCUCCCAUCCUUCCCAACCGUUCUCUCCACACCCCACCGCCUCUCCCACCCCUCGUCCCUCUCAACCCCUGUCAACUCAUCCCUCCCAGCUCCCCUCCUCCCGUCGCCGCUCCCCGAUUCUGUCCCAUAGGCGAGCUGCCAUGAGGGCUAGGCUGGAGUCGUUUCUAGGGGAGGAGGGGGACGAGGGGCAGUGUGGGGAGGAAGCAGCGUGUGGAACAGAUAGGGUGCUUGAAGGGUGUAGGGAACUUUGUUCGGCUGUGGGGACAGCGUUGGGGACAGCGGUGGAAAAAGAGCGCUUUUGUGGGGAGGAUGAGGAGUGUAAGGAGAACAAGGAGAACAAGGGAGAGAGGAGUGGGAGAGAAGGGAACUGGUGGGAGGAGGAGGAGAAGACGGAUGUGGAUGGAUGUGGGAAUGACAGAGAGGGCAUGGCACGGGGAGAUGGUGAUAGCAUGAUGGUGCAGGGGGGAGGGGGAGAGGAGGGAGGUGCAGUGGUGGUUGGAAGAAAGGAAGCGCAUGGGCGCCAUAACACCCCACAGCGACCAGUGGAAACGAUCAGUGAGGGAAGAACAGGAAGAUGUGGGGAGAUAGAGGCAGAAACGGAGGCAAGGGAGGCAAGGGAGGUAAGGGAGGUAAGGGAGGUAAGGGCCAUGUUGGAGACGGCAGGCAUGCGAUGGGUGACAAGGGAAGAGGAGGGAGUGGAGAUUCAGACAGGCGGGAUCGUGAGUGGCGAGGUCGAGAGGAGAAGACACAAGGAGGAGAGGCGAUCGGGUGGGGAUAAUGAUGCUGAUGAUGGGGGCAUGGAUACCAUUCGCCGUGUGCUGGGGUUUGACGACGUGGAGCAGAUGGUGAUGGCAUGUGCGGAUGGUGAAGGCAUGGUCCGUGCGUGCGAGGGCAAUGGCACAGUGGUGCUGGCAUGUGAAAAGAAUGAUAACCCAUGCCACAAGCACCUGGACAAGGAUAGAAGUCUGGAGGAUGGACGAUGCAGAGAGGUCAAUGGGCCGAUGGGCAGGGACUCUGUGGGAAGAACAGAGCUUGUCUGUGGAGGGGACGAGGAAGAGGGUGGAAGGGAGGGGAACGGUCAGGGAAGAGCUUCUGCUGCCCCUGUGGCAUGUCAAAGCUGUUCACCCCAAAUCUUACACCUGGAGCACCAACAGCAGGCUCAGCAACACCACCAACAGCAGCAGCAACAUCAACUACAACCACUCCAGCAUCAAAGUCAUCAUCAUCAUCAUCAUUAUCAGCAGCACCACCACCACCACCACCAUCAUCAGCAGCAGCUGGUUGCAGUGUGUCGGGCUUGCCACGGUGCCCUUCUCGUCUGCCCACCCAACCUCGCCUUCACCUCGAGUGACCUUGCUGGACUGCUCUCCUCGUCAUCAAUCACACGCGCCUCACCACUUGCACACCGCACUCCCUCAGCUCUCUCACAUAGCAACACAUGCCGCACUCCCUCUACGCCAUCAUUAACCACUCGCGCAACCACUGGCAGCCCAUUGCACCCGCUCACCGCUAUUCAGUCACCUCCCCGUAUGCCAGCAGCGCUCUUCCAAGCCCCUUGCCCCCCCUGUACCCAGUCACCAGCCGCACCAGCAGCAGCAGGUGCAAGUGCACUGCAUCCCCCCCCAGCGCCACCCGCCCCUCUACCCCGCCCAGUGAGGCUGCAGGGCAAGCCGGCGCUAUGGGCGUUGUGCCAUGGGGUGGGGAGGGCGCUGGGGCAUGAGGCAGAGAAAGCGGAGAGGGAAGUGGAGGUGAGAGCUGUGGCUGUGUUUGUUGUAGGGGAUGGGGGACGUUUGUUGAGGGAGCAGAAGGAUGGAACAAGUGUGAAGCAACAGGAACAGCACCAACAGCAGCAGCAGCAGCAGCAGAUAUACAGCAGGCAGAGUGAGAGUGAGCAGCAGUUGUGGAAUCCUCCUGGUACUUCAUUCUUCACAGUCUCAGGGGGCCAGUGGCAGCCCACUGAUGGGUGCGUGUACGCUGCACUGCAGUGCAGAGCGUGCGAGGAGGCACGCAAUGCUGCUGCUGCUGCUGCUGCUGCUGCUGCUGGCGAUGUUGGUUGUCAAGGAGAGCACGGUCCAGUAGUGGGAGUGCAUGUGCUGGCAGCAGAUGCUCACAGCACAGCACUCAUUGACAAGAUCUUGCUCUUCCCAGUUCGUGUGCUGUGGAAAACAAUCCUCUAACCAUAAUUUUCUUCUCACCAAUCUCUGGUAAUGGAAAAGUACUGUGCAGAAGGACCAAAUGUUCACAUGUUUAUUAUGAGUAUGACAUGUUACAAUGAUGUUAUCGGAAUGCUCAUGGAAG